UUGGCACCUAAAACCACAACACAUAUACAUAUGAGUGUCAACGUGUAUUUCACACAAACUGUAUUCUCAUCUGAGCUUUGAAUGCAAAGAUCAUGGCGCAGUUGUGGACUCAAUUUAUUUUCUGUGCUUUGCUUCUCAUGACCAUUUCUGGAGAAGAUGAAUUAGGCACAACAAAAGAGUGUGAAGAUGCUCCCUUUGUUCCAGGGCACAAUCUUGGUGGAGAGGGAUUUGAUGUUGUGACUAUGCAGCGAAAAGGUUCUUACGUGAUCAACACAGAAAAAUGGGAUUUAGGAAACGGCACCUGUAAACUGAUGAGAAACCGAUACUUGAAUGGAGUGAAACAAAAGUUACCAGCUGCAAUUGUAUUCUGGAGGCCCUUGCCAAAGUGUUCAAUGAAAGUCUCCAGUCGGAUCUUUGAAUCAAGUGAGUCACUGGUCAAUGAUUCAUCAUCAGCACUUUCAACCAGCUGGAAACUUGGUCUAAAGAUAGCGGGUAAUGGAGGAGCAGCUGGAAGCAGCCAUUCAAGAGAAGCAAAAUUUGCAAUGACAAAAUCAAAAGAAGACAAAUACAGUUUUACCAAACAUGAAGUUGGAUGCAGCUUCUACAGGUACAAGGUAACCACAAAACCACCUCUUCAUGAAGAGUUUCUUAAAGCAGUCAAUUCUCUUCCCAAAUCUUUUGAAGCAAAUGAUUACCGUAACUUGAUCAACACAUAUGGUACCCAUUAUAUCACAGAUGUGGAGUUAGGAGGAAAAAUGAAAGCCAUAACAGCCAUCAAAACCUGUCAGGCAUCAAUGAAUGGACUUUCAGAUACUGCAGUGAAAGACUGUUUGGAUUUGGAAGCCUCUGGAACUGUCUAUGGCGUAACUGUGGAAGCAGAGACAAAGUUUUGUAAAGAAAAGAAAAAGAAGAUGGGCACAGGUCAAAAGUUCAGCAACAUUUUCAACGACCGCCAAACAGAGAUUAUUGGAGGAAACAUAAAUGGAGAAGAUUUGCUGUUUUCUGGUUCGUCACACGCAAAUUCACUUAAAAAGUGGCUUGAGUCUUUGAAGACCCUACCAGACAUUGUGCACUACACUCUCAAACCCCUUCAUUUUAUACUGGGUAAAACACAUCAUGCCAGGAAUGGACUUAAGAAAGCUGUUGAGGACUACAUUAAUGAAAACUCUCUUAAGAAGGUUUGUUCAGAAUCUUGUGCCAUCGGCAGGAAGUGCAGUGCUAGAGAUCGAUGUCUUUGUGUUUGUAACCGCAAUCGAAUGAUAAAAUCUAAUUGCUGUCCAGUUCAAAAAGGACUUGCCACACUGAAAGUCUACAGACUCUACGCCAAAGGUUUAUAUGGAGAUAUGUGGGAUAAAACAGAUGGUUUUGUAUCAGUCAAAUAUGGUACACAAAUCAAACGCACUGAGAUUAUUCAUGAAAAUGAUGAUCCACGUUGGCCAGAAACAUUUGAGUUUGGUCCCAUUAAGAUCAAUAUGGCUAAUCAACUAAUCUUUGAAGUAUAUGAUGCAGACGAAUACUGGAACAACGAUCUCCUUGGUAAAUGCUCAUUUGAUCUUCAGAGUGGUGUUGUUACCGACACCUGUGUCUUUAAAUAUGGCACCUUCUUUUUCACUUAUGAAGUGCAAUGUGCACCCAGUCUAGAGGGCAAUCGGUGUGAAAAUUACAAAUCUUCUCCAAUGGCUUCCCAUCUUGCUAACAUUUUUAGUUCAAGAAAUGGCAUUCUGGUUAAGGACUUGUGGAAGCUAGAAUUAGCUCACAAUAUCUCAGAUAAGUUAAGUUUCAAGAGCACUUAUGGAAAACAGAUGGGGCUGUACAAACUGUAACUUAUCAGAUAAAACUUGAAUGCAUUAAAAAACCGUAAUCUAGCACAGCUUAAAAUCAUUAGAUGCAAAAUGUUUAAGUAUAUCCAGAAACAUUUUGUAAAACGUAUCUUUUUAAUUGCUUAAUUUGCGAAUAAUAUUGCUUUUUUGUUCUAUUAAAGCAUUCACAAAGACAGACCUGUGUGUUUC